CUCCAUUACCCAGAAUCCACAACGAGUAACGAAACGUCGACGUGUAUUUAAGUUCACUACGUCUAAUUGACAAAGCCGGUGUUUCCAUUUUAGCUACACUUUGGGAGUUUGCUGUACGGGCCAGCUGCUUGAAACGAUGUCCGGAGAGAUUUCUAUUAUCGGUUCGGUGAUCUUGGCCCUGUUUCUGGCUGGGUAUCUUGGUCAACAGUAUCUGCCUCCCCCCAAACCCAGAGUGAUCGGCCUGGACCUGGGCACCACCUUCUGCUCAGUGGCAGUCUUCCUCCCGGGCAGCGGGGAGGUGGAGGUCAUCACAGACGAGGAGGGGAGGAAGAGCAUCCCCAGCGCCGUUUCCUUCACCAGCACCGCGGUGCUAGCCGGGUACAAAGCCAUGGACGUGGCGGACAGCAACCCCCAGAACACCGUGUACGAUGCCAAGAGGUUCAUCGGGAAGAUAUUUGAGCCAGGUCUCCUGGAGCAGGAGAGCGCCAGGUACCCGUUUCAGGUGAGAAACAACAAUGGGAGUGCAGAAUUUGUGAUCUUCACCAACCACACCUUCACCGUGAGCCCAGAGUUCAUCGGCUCCAGGCUGCUGCUGAGGUUAAAGAAGAUGGCUGAGCGACAGCUCGGCGUCCCCAUCCAGAAGGCCGUCAUCUCUGUGCCUGCAGAGUUCGAUGAGAGACAGAGGAACUACACCGUCCUGGCCGCAAACCUAGCAGGUUUGGAGAUCCUGCGUGUGAUCAACGAGCCCACGGCUGCAGCCAUGGCCUACGGCCUGCACAAAGUGGACGUGUUUAAUGUGCUGGUGGUGGACCUGGGGGGAGGGACUCUGGAUGUGUCUCUGCUCAACAAACAGGGAGGCAUGUUCCUUACUAGGGCAAUGGCAGGAAAUAACAAGCUGGGAGGUCAAGACUUCAGCCAGAGGUUGUUCCAGUACACCAGCGAGCGCGUCCGGCAGCAGUUUGGCGUCACCCCCACCCUCAAGGAGGACAUCCACCGUCUCCGACAGGCUGUGGAAGCUGCCAAGCUCAACCUGACCCUCCACCCCGGUGCCUCUAUCACUGUGCUGCUGCACCUUCACACACAUGAUGGCUCGGAGUCCCCUGAGAGCCCCGCUCCGGUUCGCUUCCAGGCCAUGGUCACUCGAGAGCUGUUUGAGGAGCUCAAUGAGGACCUCUUCCAGAAGAUCCUGGUCCCGGUGAAGACCGUGCUGGCUGAGGGCCACCUCGAGAAAGAGGAUGUGGAUGAGAUAGUUCUGGUCGGAGGGUCCACCAGGAUACCACGGAUCAGAAAGCUGAUCAGCGAGUACUUUGGGAAGGAGCCCAACACAUCCGUGGACCCCGACCUGGCCGUGGUCACGGGCGUGGCCAUCCAGGCCGGCAUAAUGGGCGGCUCCUGGCCGCUGCAGGUGAGCGCGAUAGAGAUCCCCAACAGACACCUGCGCAAGAUGAACUUCAGCUAACCCUGAAUCAGGAUGAGGAGUGCUGCUGAUUCCUAUUACUGUCUACCGUGACGCUCCGUGUUCAUCAGAGGGUGGGAGAGAAAUGCACAACACAAGGAUUGUCUUCUUAAUGUGGACAAGCUGAAGAUGCGGCUCGUUGGAGCUUCCUACCAAAUGCGACAUGCGUCGGUAACAAACGAAAUGUGUUGAAACAUGAUUCCUGUGUGGCCAACUUAAAAACAUGCUUGCUUUUGUUGCACACUCAGCUCCAGCAGUAAUAACACGCUUAGAUCACGUGUGAUUAACCAGCAUACAGCAUGUGUUCACUGCUCUGCAGCAGUGGGAAUUAUAAUGAUCAUUCAGGGAGCAGUUUAUUGUUUAAAGACUAGUCAGAACAUUUUCAUCUCAUCUAUUUAUUUAUUCUAGUUGUAUUUCUGUGUGUGUGUGUGUGUGUGUGUUCCAUUUGCAAGCCGAUAUGCUGCGUGUCGGUGCCUUUUCAGAAAGCUGCUAAUCUGUGUGAAACGCUUUGCAUCCUGACUACUUACUGCAAGUCUCUGGAACCUCAAACAUGGAGGUACGCUCUGUCAAUUCAAUGCUCCUCUGCAGAAUGGACCGCUUCCCUCACAACUCAAAUGUUCUGGUGAAGUCCAGACUCUCUAGGUAGCAAAUGAGGGAUCCCCCCACAGUACAGGUGGUUUUAGUGCCAUGGGUUAUUUGCCAGUAAGUAGAGUGGAUUAGAUGCACUCGGUGACUCACACCUGUUGGCUAGGUCUUCUUCUUUUGUGCAAUAACAUACACUGUAUUUAAAUACAAUAAGUGUAGUAGUAGUGUCUGCUUUGGCUGCUGAAGCUCGGUUCUGACAGUCCUACAGAGGGACCAAAGUGUUGUUCAUCAGUGCCUUUUUUUUUUGUAUAUUGUUAAAUGAGUUAGUUUCAUACAGAUUAACACAUUUAUGUGAAAUCAUGUUUAACCUCCACUUUCCAACCUUUGUCAGAUGUUUGCUUCUCUGAUGGUGCAGAAGGUCUCAGCCAAGAACUCAAAAUGCAUCCAACAUUCCUUCUGUAAACUAUCACCUCGUUUUAUCUUUGGCAAAUUUAGUUGUAAAAAAGAAAAUGCAUAGCCUGAAAUCAAUGUAAAAUAUGGUUCUGUAUAGAAACGGCGAAGAUCAUAUAUGUCCUUAAACGUGAGACCUAAGAUCUAUUUUUGUACUGGACGUUUUCAGGAUCAAACCAAACCUACUUCAUAAAGAAGAGAAACUGCUGUGAACUGCUUUUCCACACAUUAAAACGUCAUUCCUCG